UUCAUAAAUUCGUUCAUCGUAAGCACGAAAAGAUUGCUAGUGUUAACUGUCGACGCUGCUUUCGACUCAUCUACAUUGUGUUACUACACGCAACAGACGCGUAGUGUACCAAUCCUUGUGGUGUACCAGCAGUGAAAACGAAAACAGGACGUAAAAUGAAGAUCCUAGCAGCUUUGCUGCUAUUAACGUUAGUCUUACUGGUUCACGUGGUUUCUUCAAAUACAACUCCGUCGACCACUGACACAACUGCGAAGUCAUCGGAAAAUUCUGUACUGAAAACAAGCGAUGCAUCGGAUGUGGAACCUUAUGCUACAAUUUCAUCCGCAAAUGGUCAAGCAAAAGACAAAACGUCUUCUUCUGACGAUGAAAAGUUAGCGCGAAAAUUGAAAGACUACGGUGACGAUCUCCUGCAUUUGAAACCUAUCCUGAGUCCUAAGGAUAUAUUUCUACAAGAAAUUCACACUUUGAGCGAAGAAGCUUCUACUUCUAAGAUUUAUGAAGAGCUUGUACAAUCCAGAAGGAUUAAACUUUCAAGCUCAACUUCGACUGCAAGACCACUAACAACGAUAAUCGACGUUAAUAAUACGACGGAAGACAGUGCUGUAAAGAAACUGUUUGAAAACGAAGAUACACCCUACGACGAUGAUUUGGACGAGGAUGAAGAAGACAAAAGCGACGAGGAAUACUACGACCCUAAUGAAAUCACGCGUGAAAACGAGGAAGAGCCUGAGAGUGACGAUCAAAUGAAAACACAGUGUCCUGAUUAUUGUAGAUGUGCUGGCGAGUAUGCAGCUGUGAUAACUGCAACGUGCUCCAAGUUUGUGGAACAUCAAUCUUUCGGCACAGGUAUUGGUCACUUACACAUAAAAAAUGCUGGACAAAUUCGCCUCGGCCCUCAUGCAUUUAAAUCACAGGGUCUCAACAAAUUACAAUCGAUUAUGAUUACUGACACGAAAAUCGUCGAAUUAAAUCAGACUGCGUUCGAUGGCGUACCAUAUUUGUUUUCUGUGAAUUUAACACGCAAUGAACUACAAAAUAUCCCUCCAAAUAUUUUCCAAAGCAAUAAACAGCUAUCCUUGCUUGCCAUCUCUGGAAAUCCGUUGAAGUAUUCGCAAGAUUCGAAAUUAACAAAACAUGGCCUAUUUGAUGCACCAUUGGUCACAGAGUUUGACUUCUCCUUUAAUGGACUAACGAAAUUGAAACGUACGGCAUUCUCCAAAAUGGAGAGUGUCGCUUAUGUUAAUUUAAAAGGCAAUAAAUUGAGGGAAAUUGAUAGCGCAACAUUCAGUAUGAUGGACGCACUUGAGGAAAUUAAUCUCUCGAACAAUUUAUUGAAUGAAAUUCCCAGUGGUCUGUUUGAUAACAGUGAAAUCCAAACGCUUCAUAUUAGUGACAACAAUUUGUCAAAUUUGAGUACCAUACAAGCACCGAAACUGAGAGUAUUAAAUGCAUCUAACAAUAAAAUCAAAUUAAUAACGAAAGAAGAUCUUUCUGGUGUACCCUUAUUAGAACAGUUGAUAAUUAAAUCGAACGGCAUCAAGAGAAUUCAUCAGCACAGUUUUUCUAAUCUCUAUCAACUUACAACUCUCGAUAUUAGUGAUAAUAAACUUACUACUUUGACGGAACAUCAUCUAAGGGCUAAUUCAAGAUUACAAGUUUUAUUGAUCAACAACAAUCCUCAAUUAGAAACCUUACCAAUUUUCAGUACAUCUGGCCUUGAGUAUAAUACGUUUAGCGUAUAUCGAUUUGAAUGCUCAAAUUGUGGCUUGGAUCUCCUCCAAGCAGGAACUUUCAACGCUAUGCCAGCAAUAGCACGACUGAAUCUCUCCAAAAAUCGUCUAACUGGUUUACCAGAUGGACUCUUGAGUUCUCUACCGUCUUUACAGGUCCUCGAUCUUUCUGACAAUAUAAUUCGUUCUUUGGAAAGCAACAUGUUCCGCGAUGCUAUUAGCUUAACGAAAAUGAGUCUCGCGGGUAACCCCUUGGUAACAUUACAAGUAACACCAUUCCUGAUGGCUCCCAGUCUUAUGAAACUCGACGUGAGCAGAUGUAAUUUAGAGAGAGUUUGGAACGAAGCUCGAGUUCCACUGACUAGUUUAAAAACCUUGUCUGUUCGGGACAAUAAUUUACGUCAAAUUACCGUUGAAGAGCUGAGAGCAACGCCAAACCUUGCUAGUUUGGAUUUGACACACAAUCCUCUCGACUGUAAUGCGGAGUUUAAUGAAGCUAUACAAUGGCUCACUGAAUAUGGCGUAAAGCCAUUUGAAACGUCAAGAUAUAUAAGCAAUUAUGCUAAAGAUGACAAUUAUCAAGAUUCUGAAGGUAUUAGCCAAUGGAUUGAUUUCGCAAAUGCAGUUUGUGAUGAUAUUAAUGAUGGACCACCAGACAGGACUAUUUCUCUCAAGGAAAAGAAUUCGAAAGAUUUUGGGGGCGGACUGGACACAUCUGAAGAUUCAGAUUUAUUAAUAAAAAAUAUUAUUGAAAGCGAUGGAGAAGAAUUACUGAAAUUGCAAAUUGAUCAUGGACUGCAGUCAAAUGAAGAAAUAGAAAAAGCCUGGACAAGUCAAGACCAAGAAUAUGAAGACUUUGUUGCCUCAGAGAAUGUGGAAUAUCAUCCCUGGUAUACUAGUGCUUUUUGGCCGGUAGUUAUCGUAAUCGUCAUAACAUUGAUGAUUCUUCUGUUAACGGUACAUGUUGCAAUUCAUUUGGCAAAACGACGUGGUCACGGUCCUGUCAUUAGGCCGCCUAUGAUCCUUCGACAAGGCUUCAUUGAUAACAAGAAUUGCGGUUUAGUUUACAAACCUCUUCAAGAAGAUAUCGCAACACCGCAUGUUCCGAAAAGAGGAAGCUUUUAUUCCAGUAGUACAUUCCAUUAUGACAAAAUCGUACCAGAAAGCGUUUAAAAUUCUUUACAAAAUAUAAUUAAGUAAUCAAUUAUUCAGCAACCGACUUAACCAAAUAAUUUGAUU